GCUAGGAUCAACAUCUACAGAACAAAGGAGCUCAGGUCUGUCAACAUGAAACUGAUACUCUUGAUGUUCGUUGCUACCAUCUUGCUCCCAGAUGUCAAAGGGGGGCGCUCGCUGGUGUUUCCUGAACAGACCUCCACCAGCUUUGCGGAGCUGACGCCCGCCAAGCCGCUCAGCCUCAACGCCUUCACGCUCUGCCUGAGGUUCGCCACAGAGCUGUUCAAUGAGCGACGUGACGUCAUCCUCUUCACCUACAUCACGCCGGACGCCGACGAACUCCACCUGUGGCGACUAAACGACGGCAGGUUGAAGCUCGUCCUGAACGGGCCUCAGGGGGCUUACUUUGAGGUUCCUGAGCUGGGACCCCUGGAGAACCACGUGUGUGUGGCCUGGGAGUCGGUGACGGGCAAGACCACCAUGUACCUCAACGGCCGGAGCGCUGCGUCCCAGAUCUUCCAGAAGGGCUACACGGUGCAGCCGGGGGGCCGGUUGAUCCUGGGCCAGGACGCCGACAGCUUCCUCGGGGACUUCGAUGCCACCCAGAGUUUUGUGGGGGAGAUCUUCGAGGUUAACAUGUGGGACCGCGUCCUGCCUCCAGACGCAAUACAGCAGCUGUCCACUGGGAAAUGUUUCUCCUAUGCCAACGUCAUUGACUGGGCAACAGUGAAACUAACACUCCAUGGGAAGGCUGUGGAGUUACAGGAGUCCUAGAACCGAACCCAAACCCCCAUCACUAACAAACCAACCCUGCAUUAUGAGGUUGAUUACUAAUAAACCCACCCUGCAUUAUGAGGUUGAUUACUAAUAAACCCACCCUGCAUUAUGAGGCUGAUUAGUAAUUACUAAUAAACCCACCCUGCAUUAUGAGGUUGAUUACUAAUAAACCCACCCUGGAUUAUGAGGUUGAUUACUAAUAAACCCACCCUGCAUUAUGAGGUUGAUUACUAAUAAACCCACCCAGUGCCGCUGCUAGCUAUUUUGGGGCCCUAAGCAUAACUCCUUUAUGGGCCCCCCCCGAAAAAAAUAAUUGGUUUCUGCCAGUUUAACAUUUUAUUAAAACGCAAAAGUUAAAUCUACUUUGUAAACACAGUUCACAGAACAGCCAAAACAUACAUACAGUACACACAAGUAUUGGAAUGUCCAAAAAAAAAAAAAAAAUUGGGGGCCCCCUCAGGACUUGAGGCCCUACACGCAGCGCGUAGUGCGCGUUAUGGGAGCGGCGGCACUGAACCCACCCUGCAUUAUGAGGUUGAUUACUAAUAAACCCACCCUGGAUUAUGAGGUUGAUUACUAAUAAACCCACCCAUUCACCCUGCAUCAUAACGUUGUGUCACGGGUGUUUGUUUAGUCUCAACGCUCUUCGGCCGAUGGUGUAAGAAAUAGAUCGGGGCGACGACAGACUGGCUGUAGGUUCGACAAACCGACCAAUAACAAUUGCGGGGGCUGAUCGCUGGAGGCAUAGUCUAACCCUCUGGAGGCGAGGCGAUACUGACGGGGUGGGGGGUACCAGCUUGAGUGUACCAGCUUCACCAGCUAUACUAGCUUUACCAGCUACACUAGCUUCAGUAGCUAUACUAGCUACAUUAGCUAACCUAUCUUCAAUAAGUGUACUAGCUUCACUAGCUAUCGUAGCAUUAAUAGCUAUCCUAGCUUCACAAGUUAUCCUAGCUAUCCUAGCUUCACAAGCUCUCCUAGCUACCGUAGCAUCAAUAGCUAUCCUAGCUUCACCGUCUAUGCUUACUGUCCUAGCUCCACCAGCUAUCCUAGUUUCACUAGCUAUCCUAGCUUCACUAGCUAUCCUAGCUAUCGUAGCAUCAAUAGCUAUCCUAGCUUCACCGUCUAUGCUUAGUGUCCAAGCUCCACUAGCUAUCCUAGUUUCACUAGCUAUCCUAGCUUCACUAGCUAUCCUAGUUUCACUAGCAAUCCUAGCUUCACUAGCUACAGUGACCUGAGCGCCUCACCGCGAUCAGUAGGAAUCUGCUUCAGAUGUCCUCUAGCUAGCAGGCUGACCUCCCCAUAAACACAGCAAACUGACUAGUGAUACCCAUGUCUGUCCAAGUAUGGGCAAACUGGUUAUAGAUAUAAGUACCAUCAAAUGGUAUGGUUGAAAGUAUUGAUUGAUUGUCUUUAUUUCGAACAUGCAAGC